CUUUGUCUCUUUGAAUAUAGCAUGGCAAGAAUUGUGGAUAUUAGGGAUCUUGGUUACAAAUUUUGGUGAAUACUGGGAAUUAAAGAACUUUUACUAAAAGAUGACCUACUCUUAUGCCGGCUCAACACAUUACAAUGUUUACGGUGGGAACUAUAUUUUUUACUUUUUUAAAUUUAAAUGUGACGUUUCCUUUGAAUUCAAAUACAGAAAUGAGUCAUAACUCAUAACUAUGUUCGUCGGCAUAAGGAUAAUCAUUCAAACUACCCUAUAGGAGUUGUUUCCUUUGAGCUGAGGAUCUAUUGGGAAACAGCCUUUCUUCACCAAAAGGUGGGGACAAUUGCUCUUCUUGCUUUGACAGGAUUGCUAGUCUUUAUGGUCUUCUUAGUCGCGGCAACUGUCAACGCCAUUAUUAUCUCUCUUCUCAUGUCGUUAGCAGCUGCAGGAGGAUUCUUGGCUCUUUUCUUUGGCUGCCUAACUGCAAUUUAUAUUGGGGCUCUAUCAGUUGCUGUAUUUGUCGUUUCCACUACGACAAUUGUAGCAAUUUUUGCUGUGAUUGUGGCUACAGGUUGGAUUGGGUUCUUCUGGACUAUAUGGCUAGCAACAAAGAAAAGUGCAAGUCUUGCCAAACGUUCAUUGAACGCGACAGGAUCAGCACUAUCCGCGUACUCUUCCCCCAGAUAUGUGCGACCAAACCAUGACGCAUGAUGAACCAUGCUUACAAUCAAGAAAAUGAGAAGGCCACUUCUAUGAAUAAGUCUUGAAUGAUGAAUAGUACCAACUACCAAUAUGUAUUUAGGCUUUCGUGCUUUAACGCCUUUCGUGAUGAUAUAUAAAUAUAUCGUUGGUAUUUAAGCUCGUCGUGCAUCAUCCGUAUGCGCGGAGACUAGUGAGCUAAGUUCCAUGGGGCCUUUUGUUGUGGUUGGAAACUGGCUUGUAGAUUGUGUUCUUGAGAAAAUAGAUGUUAUUGCCAGUUAGUAAGUAUUAGUAGUAUGUGUUUUUGAAUAUGUUGAAUGAGAAUGUAAUUUCCUGUUUGUUGAAUUUGUGUAAUGAUGGUUGAAAUUAUAUUACUUUUCCAAUAUAGAAGAAUCUUUUAUGUUAA